GAUCAACAGACACACUAUCAUCAUCGCUUUUUCUCAAUUGUUACUUUUGUUUUUGAAAUAAAUUAAAACCAUUCUCAUUGUUGCUUUCAAAUAAUCACAAAUUUCACAAAUUCUCACUCACACCAUUUUCAUAAUGCGAUCAUUAAUACUAACGCCGCGAACCAUGCCGGAAACCACCGUUGAUUUCCGUGCACCGCCGCCAUCACCGGUAGCCUCCGGUCGUAGAUCAACGGUAACAAACAACGAAUUUCUCACGGAGUUUCUGGAAACUUCACUCCGAGUUCCAGAUCUAGUAUUACCGGACAAGAUUUUCCCGAAACAGAUCAAUGACGAAACGCCGCCAAAAGUAGAUUUCGUUGCUCUGUGUUUUCACGAAGAUGAAGAUCUCAUCGACGUUGUUUUGGAAUCUAUAGCAAGGUUUGGAUGCUUUCAGCUUAUCAACCACGGGAUAUCGCCUGGAAUUGUGGCUGCUGCAGUGGAGGUUGCCGGAGGAAUAUUUACGGUGCCGCCGGACAUGAGAGAUGCUGUGACGAGAUCGCCGGAGAAACCACGAGGUUUUGAAGAGCAUGAUGAUGAAGUAGAAGAAAAGGAGGGAAGAGAGUUGAAUGAAGAAUUUAUUUGGUGCAAGAAUGACGAAGAGUUGAAGUUGAAAUUGGAGGGAAUUUGGCCUAUAGGAUAUCCUAAUUUUAGCAAGAAGAUGGAAACUCUUCAAUCACGUGUGGAGAAGGUGGCUGAGAAAAUUUUGGCUAUCAUAUUGAAAAAUGUUACAAAGAAAUUAGCAAGUGAUGGUGAUAUAAUUGGUCAUGGAAAUGAAGUUGGGACACUUUGUUGCAUUUACAAGCAUCAUCAAGAUAUUAAUAGGAAUGAUCAUUGGGUUGAUUCUUUGAAAUAUGAUGUGAUUAGAAUGCUGAUUAGGGGAACUGAUUACUCUCAUUCUUUAUGUUUGCAUGUGUGUGAUGGCUCUUCAGAGUUUCAUGUUUACUCAAAGAAAAGUUGGUUGACUUUCUGUCCUGAACAAGGUGCACUUGUAAUCACUGCGGGAGAUCAAAUCCAGGUAUUGAGUGGAGGGCAUUACAAGGAUGUAAUUGGAAAGGCAAUAUUUAAAGGCAAAAGAGAAGACAACAUUUCAAUGGCUUUCCUCUAUUCUCCUCAAAAUUCCAAGAAACUUCAAACAAAUAUGGAAAGACCUAUUUCACUUGGCCAACAAGCCAUCUUGGUUGUAAUUUUGAACCUUAUGUACCACGUUCUAAUAUUUGUCUUUAAAAAAGUGUGAUGAUGUUUUCAUAGAACAUGAACUCGAUGAAAUACAGAUACACAUUCUCAAACAUACUUGUACGCUCUCCACUUAAACAAUUAUAUGAUAAUAUUGUGCAACAUACUCCUGUUUGCACCUCAAAA